AUGGAGAAAGCCUCGCCUUUUCAGCUUCUCGCAUUUUUAUUAACAUGUCUUCACCUUUUAGCACCUUGCAGCUUGGCCAUGAAUAUUAGCACUGAUCAAUCUUCUCUUCUUGCCUUGAAAUCCCACAUCACUUCAGAUCCUUUUCAUGUUCUUUCGACGAACUGGUCUUCUUCUACCUCUGUUUGUGAUUGGAUUGGAAUCACUUGUAGCUCUCGCCAUCAACGAGUGAUUGCACUGAAUAUUUCAAACAUGGGUUUUUCGGGUACUAUCCCGCCACAACUUGGCAACCUCUCUUUUCUUGUUUCACUUGAUCUAAGCAAAAACGAUUUACAGGGUGAACUUCCAUCAGAUUUUUCUCAUUUAAGGAGAUUGAGAGUCAUUAAUCUUAGUUACACCAACUUCACCGGAGAAAUUCCAACAGAAAUAGCCACUCUUCCGAGUUUGAUACGGUUUUCCAUGGGAUACAAUAAAUUACUCAAUGGCUCCAAUGUGCUCUCUAAAUUCAACAUCUCAACCCUUGAAUAUUUGGAUCUCAGAAAUUCUGGUUUGACUGGUGAUUUCCCUUCUGAUUUAUGUCAUCGUCUUCCUAGAUUGCAAAAGCUUGCACUUGGCAACAACAUGUUAAGCGGAGAGGUACCAAGAAACAUAUCUGAAUGCUCAGAGCUUCAACUCCUAAUGUUGUUUCAAAAUAACUUUGUUGGAACAAUUCCAAGAGAAAUAGGUAACUUGCAGCUGCUGCAACAUUUAGAUCUUGCAGAUAACACGUUAAAAGGCACAAUUCCUGAUGAGAUCGGCCAUCUUUAUAACUUAAAGAACAUAUUCAUGGAUAAAAAUUAUUUAACAGGCUCAAUCCCUUUAACCUUAUUCAACAUUUCAUCACUUGAAAUGCUAUAUAUGAAUGAUAACAAGCUUGAAGGUCCUUUACCGAGACAGGUUGGAAAUUUGACUAUGCUUGCCUGGUUUGAUCUUUCCAAUAAUUACCUGGCAGGUGUAAUUCCACAUGAAGUUGGUAACCUUCAAGAGUUGACAGAUCUUCCAUUGUCUUACAAUGAAUUUAGUGGGUCGAUCCCUAUUGGUAUCUUUAAUAUCUCAUCUCUUGUAACUAUUGGACCCACAGAAAACCACAUUUCAGGUAAUCUUCCGUCCACUAUAGGCAAUGGGUUACCUAAUGUUGAAAAAUUAUUUCUAGGUGGAAACAACAUUAAUGGUGUUUUACCUGGAUCCAUCUCAAAUUUGUCUAAGCUCACCUUUCUCGAACUCUUUAGUAAUGAAUUUACUGGUUCAAUUCCUGACUCUCUGGGAAAUUUAAGACAACUUGAACUUCUCAACUUGUACGGUAACUCCUUUACAAGUGAAUUGAGCUUCAUUACUCCUUUGGCCAAUUGUAAACACUUGAGAAUAUUGAUAUUGUCUUUCAAUCCCCUAAAUGCAAUGCUCCCAAGAUCCAUUGGCAAUAUAUCUUCUCUUCAAUCAUUUAUUGCUGUAGGCUGUAACCUCAAGGGCAAUGUUCCAAGUGAGAUCAGAAAUAUGAGAAAUUUAUCCACUUUGUCUCUGGGAGGUAAUAACCUUACUGGAAUUGCCCCGACGACAUUAAGUUCUUUGAAAAACCUGCAACGGCUUUUUCUUGAUGCAAACAGAAUAAAUGGCCCUUUCCCAAUUGUUUUAUGUGAGCUGCCCAACUUGGGGAUACUAAGCCUUUCACAAAAUAAAAUUUUGGGACAUAUUCCUAGCUGCUUGGGGAAUAUGACAUCCCUAAGGGAGGUUUAUCUUGAUUCCAAUAACUUCACUGCUAGCAUACCUUCAAGUCUAUGGAACCUCAAAGACAUUUUGAAGCUGAACUUGUCUUCUAAUUCCUUCAAUGGAUCUCUACCACUAGAAGUUGGAAACCUCAAGGCUGCACUACUUCUGGAUCUUUCUAGGAACCAAAUAUCAGGCAACAUUCCAACUACAUUGGGAGGUCUACAGAAAUUGAUUCAACUAUCUUUGGCUCAUAACGGAAUUGAAGGAUCUAUUCCUGACACAUUUGGGGAACUCCUAAGUUUGGAAGCAUUAUAUCUUUCAUACAACAAAAUGUCUGGUGUGAUUCCAAAGUCAUUAGAGGCACUUAACCAGCUAAACUCCUUUAAUGUCUCAUUCAAUAGGUUACACGGGGAAAUUCCGAGUGGAGGACCUUUUCUUAAUCUACCUUACCAGUCUUUCAUGUCGAAUAAAGGAUUGUGUGGUAACCCUCAAAAGCAUGUCCCAGCUUGUCCUUCUUAUUCAAAGAAUCAGUCUAAGUCAAAGAAAAGAAAUCUGAUAUGGAUUAUAGUUACCUCGUCAGUUAUCUCUGUAACAGGGCUUGCUUCAGCAAUAGUUUUCAUGUUGAUGAGACGUGGGGGUAAAACGAUCAAUGCUGAAGUUGAGUGGUCUCCUGAAGUAGCACCACAAAGAUUUUCUUACUAUGAACUUCAAAGAGCAACUCAGAGUUUUAAUGAAAAUAACUUGCUUGGUAGUGGAAGUUUUGGUUCUGUUUAUAAAGGGAUGUUGGCUGAUGGGAUGAUUAUAGCUGUUAAAGUUUUCAACGUGCAGAUGGAAGGAACAUUUCAGACCUUUGACAGAGAGUGUGAAAUCUUGCGGAAUCUUCGUCACAGAAAUCUCACAAAGAUCAUUAGCAGCUGCUGUAACUUGGAUUUUAAGGCAUUGAUACUUGAGUACAUGCCAAAUGAGAGCUUAGAGAAGUUGCUAUAUUCUCGAGAUUACUGUUUACAUAUGAUGCAAAGAUUGAAUAUCAUGGUCGAUGUUGCAUCUGCUCUGGAAUAUCUCCAUCAUGGUUACUCAGUACCAGUUAUUCAUUGUGAUCUGAAGCCUAGCAACGUGUUACUUGACAACAACAUGGUGGGACACCUGACUGACUUUGGCAUUGCGAAACUUUUAACCAAAGAAGAAUCUAUUGCUCACACUACAACCUUUGCGACAAUUGGUUACAUUGCUCCAGAGUAUGGUCUGGAAGGCCUUAUAUCCAAGAGGUCUGACGUUUAUAGUUUUGGCAUCAUGCUGUUGGAAACUUUUACCAAGAAGAAACCCAGUGAUGAAAAGUUCGCAGGAGAUUUGAAUUUGAGAAGCUGGGUGCAUAGUUCACUUCCUGAGGAGUUGGAUCAAAUCAUAGAUGCUGACUUACUAACAGUAGAUGAACAAAACUUAAGUCAAAAGCUGCAAUGUGUGUCAUCCAUUAUGGAGUUAGCCAUGAAUUGCACAACUAGUAUUCCAGUUGAAAGGAUGAACAUGACUGAUGUUGUAGAAACAUUGAACAAGAUCAAACAAAAGCUUUCUUUCUGUUACUGA